GAACCUGCGAGAGGUGACGGCGGGAGUACGGCUGCCGGUAUCCGGCGAGGCCGACCGGGCGGCGGUGGUGAGGGCGGGCUUCCCCGGGCACAAUGCCGUCCGCCUUCUCAGUCACUUCUUUCCCCGUCAGUAUUCCCUCCGUGAUCAUGCAGACGGACUGGACCGAGCCCUGGCUGCUGGGCCUGGCCGCCUUCCACGUGCUCUGCCUGCUGCUCACCUGUCUAUCGUCCCAGAGCUACAGGCUGCAGGUCGGGCACUUCCUGUGCCUCGUCACGUUGGUCUACUGUGCUGAGUACAUCAACGAGGCGGCCGCCAUGAACUGGAGGUUAUUUUCAAAAUACCAGUAUUUCGAUUCGAGGGGGAUGUUCAUCUCGCUGGUGUUUUCGGUGCCGCUGCUCCUCAACGCCGUGGUCAUUGUGGUUAUGUGGGUACGGAAGACUUUGAACGUGAUGACUGACCUGAAGAACUUGCAGGAGAAGGUGAAAGAAAGGAGAAGGAGAAGGAAAGAACAGUGACGGCAGCGUCGCUCUCCCCGGGAGGUCUCCCCCACUGAGGCUCGAGGACCGAAGGGGGAAUGACUGGAAGGGUGGUCUUUCACAGCAGCGCUGUCUCGCCCGCGGCAGGUCACGCUCAGAGACCGAGGCUGCCUUCCCAGCCAGUGACGCGGCACAGGGUCGCGGCAGGAGCUGCGAUGCCCAGUGAUAAGG